AUGGCCAGGAUUUGGCCUCAUAUUCUAGCUUGUGCCUUGGCAUUGUGCCUUGUUGCCUCUAAUGUAACUGCUGCCUACAAGGCUCCCACUUAUGCUUCGCCACGUCCAAGGACACCGUAUAUUUACAAGUCGCCGCCACCUCACUCUCACAAGCCACCAAAUUCUUAUCCUUACAAAUCUCCUUAUGUUUACAAGCCACCACCACAACAUUCUGCAUCCCCUCCUCCUCCAUCGCCGCCUCCGCCUUCUCCUUCACCACCUCCUCCUUACGUUUACAAGUCCCCGCCACCACCUUCUUCUUCACCACCUCCUCCAUAUGUUUAUAAGUCCCCGCCACCUCCAUCACCCUCGCCUCCUCCUCCUUAUUUUUACAAGUCGCUACCACCACCACCACCCUCUCCUUCCCCACCACCUCCAUAUGUUUAUAAGUCUCCUCCUCCACCAUCUCCAUCACCUCCACCUCCUUAUGUCUACAAAUUCCCUCCCCCACCAUCUCCCUGUCCCCCUCCUCCAUAUGUUUAUAAGUCACCCGCACCUCCAACUCCAUCUCCACCUCUUCCAUACAUUUACAAGUCACCACCACCACCACCACCUUCACCCUCCCCUCCUCCUCCAUACAUUUACAACUCCCCACCUCCACCUCCACGUUCACCAUCACCUCCUCCUCCAUACAUUUACAAGUCUCCACCACCACCUUCUCCUUCACCUGCUCCUCCAUACAUUUACAAGUCCCCACCGCCACCUUCUCCAUCACCUCCUCCUCCAUACAUUUACAAGUCUCCACCACCACCUUCUCCUUCACCUCCGCCACCUUAUUACUACAACUCAUUACCACCUCCUAAAGAUUACUAA